GGAGUCAAGCGAAAACUCACUCCGCCCGCAAAACAUGACUUCAAAGCAGAUCGGCACAGUGAAGCGCCUCGGCUACAGUGUACGGAUAUUCUCUCCCGCUGUCUCUACUCUUUUAAGGGAAACAGUGGAACAAACCGCCUGUGACCUUUUUACCUUUCGGACUUGAAGCCUGGAUGCGUGUUGUGUUCUCUCCUAACUUUGUGCAGGUGUCCGCAGUGGCUGGGCUAUCAUGUCCAAUGGGAAAGAUGCACAUACGAAAGACAACCCCUCCAAGGGGAGUCUGAAGGAGAGCUUGGAUGACUGCAUGGAGGCCCUGGACCUUUUCCUCAACAACCGUUUCAGAGAGAGUAUGGAGAGGCUGAAACCACGCGUGAACGAGAGCAUGUACCACGCCCUGAUCUACGCCACAGUGCUAGAGAUGCAGGCCAUGAUGACUUUCGAACAAGAUGACAUCUCCAACGCUGCGGCCACCAUGAAGAGGGCCCAGGAGGUCUGCCAGAGGUUUCGUCGAAAACCUCCCGGGCUGGUGAAGUUUCAAGGGGAGUCGAUAACUGAAGAGCAGCUGCAUGCUGAAGCGUGUUUCGCUGAAUGCCAGCUCCAGAGAGCUUCUCUCACAUUCCUACAGGAUGAAAACAUGGUCAGCUUUAUCAAAGGAGGAAUAAAAGUCCGCAACAGUUACCUGAUUUACAAAGAGCUCCACUCAUACAUCCAGUCCAAGGACUCAUUGGUUGGACCAAGCCACCUCCACCUCGAGGGAGGUGUGGCAUUCGGUAUAGGGGCUUUUAAUUUGACUCUGUCCAUGUUUCCUGCCCGAAUCCUGAAGGUGUUGGAGUUUGCAGGAUUCUCCGGCGACAAGGACUACGGUUUGUCUCAGCUGCACAGCGGUGCCACGGUGGUGAACCUGCGCUCCCUUCUGUGUGCCCUGCUGUUGCUAUGUUACCACACCUUCCUCACCUUUAUACUGGGUACGGGGGAGGGAGAGGUGGCAGAGGCUGAGAGGCUGCUGGCUCCGUUCAGGCUUCGCUACCCCACGGGGGCCAUCUUCCUGUUCUUCGCUGGCAGGACGGAGGAGAUGAAGGGGAACAUAGACAAGGCGGUGUGUCUCUUUGAGGACGGCUGCAAGGCCCAGCAGGAGUGGAAGCAGUUCCACCACAUGUGCUACUGGGAGCUGCUGUGGUGCUUCACCUACAAGCAGCUGUGGAAGAUGGCCUACUUCUACGCUGACCUGCUGACCAAGGAGAGCCGCUGGUCCCAGGCGAUGUACGUCUACAUGAAGGCGGCGUGCCUCAGCAUGCUCAGCAAGGAUGAAUCCCGACCGUUUGGGGAGGAUGAGGUGGAGCUGUUCAGACAGGUUCCUACUCUGAAGCAGAAGAUAGCGGGAAAGUCUCCGCCCACGGAGAAGUUUGCGAUCCGCAAAGCGAGACGCUACCGGGCCUCCAGCCCGGUCAAACUACCUGUCCCUGUCCUGGAGAUGAUGUACAUGUGGAACGGCUUCACCAUGAUCAGGAAGUGUCCCGAGCUGACAGACGCCAUGAUGCAGACGCUGUUGGAGGCGGAGCGCACCCUGGCUGCAGCGCCUGGGAACGAUUACUCUGUGGACGACUACUGUGUGAUCCAGCUGCUGAAGGGUCUCUGUCUGCAGAACCAGGGUCGGCUCCGCGCCGCGGAGGAGUGCUUCAACAAUGUGUACCGCAGUGAGAAGAAGAUCCGGUACGACCACUACCUGGUCCCCAAUGCUCUGCUUGAGCUCAGUCUGCUCUGUAUCGACCAGAACCGCCGGGACGAGGCUAUCAAGCUGCUGCACAAGGCCAAAACGAACUACAAGGAUUACUCCAUGGAGUCGCGCACACAGUUCCGCGUGCACGCUGCACUCGCCAAGCUGAAGGUGAGCCCCACGGAACAGGAGGAGAUGACCCGCAUGUGAGAAGAAGAAGAAAGACCCCUUACUCACCCCCCCCCAAAAUAAUAAGUCUUCCUGGCCCAGAAGAAUGCAGGCCAUACUGUGUUAAAAGAUCAUCAACAGCAACAUUGGCAUCCAAGUGAAGAAACAGUACCAUCUUCUGGUGAACCACAGCUACUGCAAUUACAGUGCGAUUUAAACAGAAAGGUUCCAUCAAAUGAUGUAAGGUUACGUCUCUCUGUGGACUCCAGUUGUGUGGCCGGAAUGUUUGGUAGGGAUUACCAAAGUAUGUGCGUGGCUAUGUCAGUGUCAUCUCAGCCACUUCCUUGAGUUAAUUCUGUGUGAAUGAAAGGUGAAGCUUUUAAUCGCCAGUCCUGUAGUUUACAUGUUUAUAAAAGCAUCACAUCUUCAUGUUUACAUUGAGUAACCUCCAGAUUGUAAUAGAAGGCACUUGUAAGCUAUAUAUACGCAACAGAUUUUCUUUGUAAAAAUUCAGUGUUUUUUUCUGGAAAGAGUCUAGUUGAUUUAGUUAAUAUAUGGUGUUAGUGUUCCUAGUGUAGCUAUAAGAAAGGUUCCCAAAAGGUAUGGAAACCUGUGAUUUAAGAUUUUUUUUAAUCCACGUACAAAAUGAGUAAUUAUUUCACUUUACGUUGAGCUCAUGUUGGAAACCAUGGGUAAGCUUUUUUCCGUAAAUAAACUUGCACCAAUG